AUGGCAUUCCUCUUAAGCCUUGAUCUCAAGCCUGUUAGCGAAUUGAGUCGUCCGUUUCGUAUGACAUCGACUGAGGUGUCAGCGUCAGUUAAAAAAUACAGGCAAAGAGCAUUAAAACCAAACACAAUCACCCUCCAAGACCAGCCGAACUUCAAAGAUUAUUGCACAGUAUUGCUAUCUCUUCAAAGCGCCACCUCCGCUAUGACGUCCGCUGUUGCUCUCCAGUCAAACUCAAAACUUUUGAACCGUCCUCACACUAGCUCCAAAGAACGACGGCCACAAGUUAAUCCAGCAGAAUGCAUCAUAAACUCGCUCAACAAGCCUACUUAUGAACCAAUAGAAGUGAGGAGCAUCUAUCAAAAGGGAAACUUCUCAACGCCAGGAAAUUUUGAAGUACUACAAAUUCUGGGAAAAGGUUCAUAUGGCGUCGUUGUUUCUGCGAUCGACAAAAGAAACACAGACAAACCGCUUCGGCUGGCAAUCAAAAAAGUUACUAAUAUCUUUCAGAGAGAGAUUCUUCUCAAGAGGGCGAUUCGUGAGCUCAAAUUUCUAAACUUCUUUCGCGGUCAUAAAAAUAUUGUAAGUUUGCUGGACCUCGAAAUUGUGUCAGAAAAACCAUUUGACGGCUUGUACUGCUACCAAGAGCUUGUUGAUUAUGAUUUGGCCCGUGUUAUUCAUUCCACUGUGCAGUUUUCAGCCUUUCACAUCAAGCAUUUCCUAUAUCAGAUCUUGUGUGGGCUGAAGUACAUACAUAGUGCUGAUGUUAUUCACAGGGAUCUUAAACCCGGGAAUAUCCUCUGUUCCAUUAGCGGCCAUCUCAAAAUCUGCGACUUUGGCCUUGCUAGAGGGAUAUCGCCGCUCUAUACUGAAAAUAAACUUGGUGAUCUCCAUAUUACCAACUACGUGGCGACUCGGUGGUAUAGAGCACCUGAAUUGAUACUGUCACACAAAAGGUAUACUAAAGCCAUUGACGUGUGGGCAGUCGGUUGUAUUCUGGCAGAAUUUUAUGGCAGAAAGCCAUUGUUUAUGGGACAGGAUUCAUUGCACCAGAUAUACGAAGUUUUAAAGGUCUUGGGAACACCAAAAAGAGACAUUAUUUCCAAAUAUGGGUCUGCACGCUCAUUUGAAGUAUUUUCGUCUCAUGCCAAUGUCAUCAAAACAGAUUGGGAGUCUUUGUACCCGGGAUCUUGCGCGGACGCACGCAAUCUUAUGGAGCUCCUGAUUACGUGGGACCCUGAGAGCCGUUUGAGCGUCGAGCAAAUUUUAGAGCACCCAUUCGUUGCAGAUGUAAGAGAUCCUGGCGAUGAGCCAGUCUGUUCUCACGGUCCAUUUGACUAUUCUUAUGAAAACAGCUUUACAUCCAUGCAAAUGCUGAGAGAUACAAUUUACGAAGAAGUUCGUCAAUUCAAAGAAUCAACAUCAUCGCACGGCUGCGCAUAUGUUGGAUGUACUUUCUAA